AUGGUUAAGGUAGACCCCGACAGUUUGGCCCGGGUGCUACUUACAUCAGGAUAUUCAACCGGUGUCUUUGUUCCCAAUUUUCGGCGAUACUUGUGGAAUAACAAUGACCUGAUCAUGGCGGACGGUGACCGCUGGCCGACUCUACGACAAAAAGCAUUUAGCCGGACAGGGACCCGCCCGAAGUACAGGGCCAGUAAGGACCAUCACAAAGGGAAUAAGAAUGGUAAAACGAUAGCCCAAAGGUAG